GUAUCCUUCUAUGUAGCAGCCAAAAAGCCAUGAUGUUAGCCUACAAGGGCUUUACCAACUCGGAUGACCGUAAGAAUCCGGAAUAGCGAAGGGGCGAUCGCCUCGAUGCGAACACCGGGGCACAUCUUCCCAAACAAAUGAUUUUUUUUUUAAUUUUUCUUUAAAUAUUAGCAGUUUGCUACUGGUUCUGUUGGUAGAACUAUUCUCCCAAGAUCCACAUCUCUGGCCUUUCUGCGGGAAACUGGAGGCUCCCUGAUCAGGGCGACGUCUCAGGCAUGUUGCCCUCACCAGAGCAUCUUUUUGUACAUGUACCCCGGCCGACACAAAAGUUGCCUUUAGGAAUCACAGUGUACCGAGCCCCAGGGAACUGCGUGUUUAUACGGAGCCUCCACGAACUCCGUGUGUAUAGGUUUCAAGUGUCGAAUUUGAAUCUGAAGAAGCCUAAGUUUGACGUUUUCGUCCUUGACUUUCCGAUGCAGGAGGCAUUGAUCGGGGUGAGUGUAUUUGACACUAACCACUUCAACAUUUUACUGCCCCCUUUUGAUUGCCGAAGUUUGGCCGAGUGCGAAUCGCCGCAAGUUGUGAGUAAACAUUAGGAAUGUCGCAAAUCUUUAUUUUUGGUGAAUUACAAUAAUAUUUCCUAGGUCAAUGGUCAAAAACAUGCGUCCGUCACGCAAUUUGUGAGCGUUAGCAACCCCUGAUAGCUUCCGUAGUGUUUCCCUCAAGUUCGGUGUCAGACCCAGCACACUAUACUACUUCUAUUCAUAUGUGAUUGAAGCCCUAAGAGAGUUGGCAGAGAAGUUCAUUACAUGGCCUACUGAAGAGGAGAGACAAGAAAUCAAGGGAACAUUUGAGUGAGCAACAGGUUUCCCAGGAGUAAUAGGUUGCAUUGACUGCACCCAUGUGUAUAUUACUGCGCCAGUUCGGGAUGCUCAGCAGUAUGUAAACAGGCAUCACAAGUACAGCAUAAAUGUACAGGCUGUAGUAGACAAUGAACUGAGGGUACGCCAGCUUCAUGUAGGGGAAACGGGUAGCAUGAACGACGCCAGAGUUUUUAGAAAAAGUCAGUUGCACAGAGCCCUAAUUGACAAUGAACCUGGUGUGAUUAUCAACCGCGAUGAACAUCUAGUAGGAGAUGGAGCCUACACAAUAACUGAUUUUAUGAUGAAACCAUUUGAAAAUAAUGGUCAUCUCAACGAGAAUCAGCUCAAUUUCAACAAAAAAUUGUCACAGUGUAGAGUGCGUGUGGAAAAUGCAUUCGCACUGGCCAAGGCUAAGUGGAGACGAUUAAAGUUUCUCCAUGCCAGGAAUCCCCGCAACGUUGUUGACCACAUAACAGCAUCUAUUGUUUUGCACAACAUGGUUAUUUCUCAUGGUGAAACAAUGAUGGAUGAAGAUGAACUGGGUGGACCAAUUCAUCCCAACCAAGUGCUGGGCCAUGAAGAUUUUAACGUUGAUGAUCUGGAAGGUGUUCGUCCUGACGUGCAGGAGCUGAUGGAAGCAGCACAAGCCAGGGGUGAGGAGAAAAGGUUGAUGAUUAUGGAUGGUCUUUUGCAAGAGGAAGAGGAAGAUGAUUAGUUCAUAAUAAUGUUAUAUUUCAUGUUAUAUAGAUUUUCUAUUUUCUUUUAAAAUAUUUUUGAUACUGUUUGUCUAGCAUUUGAGUGAUGUGUUUUGUGUAUAUAUCUGUUGUUGUCAGGUAAACAUUAAAUUCUUACAUAAUUUAUCUAAAUGUUAAAAUGUGGCUCAUGUUUAUUUCAAUUUCUAUUGGUGUAUUUUCUAAUUAUAGUUGAAUGUCAAGAAUGUUUAUCAGAUUUUGUCAAGAUGAUAAAUUUUAAUGAGAAGGAUGUUUCAAAUAAAUAAGUCCAAGGUC